AUUGUGACAUUGAUCUUUCUAUAGCAAUUGAUAUUUCAAGGCGCAUGCGGCCACCAUCCACAGUGCUUCUGAAACAGAAAUUGCAAGCAUUCCUCCCCAGGCUUUUACUCCAGGUGAAGUCACUGCCAAAUACCAGCUGUAAUGCUGGCUCUCCGGUCAACGUUAGAUUCAAGUUCCAAGUAUUGGCACAGACCAAACAACUAAUCUUUGACUCUGAUUUUGAAGACUAUAAUGAAGAGAUCAUCCAGAAGUUCUUAGAUUCGCAGGCCACUGUGGACACCUACCUGAAUGCAGACUUCUUCCAGGCACUUGAGGGGGAGUUCUCUAAUGUGACCUCUGCUAAAGUUAAGGUUCUGUUAGUAUUUUCAGAUGGGCUGGAUGAUUCGCUGGAACAUCUCAGAAGAGCAGCUGAAUCGCUUCGCUUGAAAGGUCUUGAUGCACUUCUAUUAAUUGGCCUGGACAAUACACAGAACUUGACCGAACUUCAGGAAAUAGAGUUUGGCAGAGGGUUUGGAUACAACGAACCUCUGAGUGUUGGGUUUGCAGAGAUUGCAAGCAUCUUGCAGAGAAAUCUUGAUACUGUUGCAGAAAGGAAAUGCUGUAAGGUGGUUUGUAAAUGCCUUGGAGAAAAUGGUGAUCGUGGUGGCCAGGGAAGUCCUGGAAGGAAGGGAAGUAUGGGUUACAGAGGAUCUCCUGGCCAUCCUGGUGAGGAAGGUGGGACUGGGGAGAGAGGCCUAGCUGGUUUCAAUGGGACUCAAGGAGACAGGGGAUGUCCAGGUGCCAGAGGCCAUAAGGGGGCCAGAGGCUAUAGAGGAAGUCAGGGUGAAUUUGGUGAGAGUGGAUUUGAUGGCACUGAUGGAGAGCAGGGCAGAAAAGGCCCCAGAGGAGAAAAAGGUGAACGAGGAGAAUCUGGUCUAAGAGGAGAUCAUGGAGAUCCUGGGACUAGCAAUAAUGUUCCUGGUCCUAAGGGUGAAAAGGGAAACUCAGCAUGGCAGGGAGACCCAGGACCACGUGGACCCCAAGGAGAACAGGGUCAUGCUGGCCCUGAUGGGGCAGCAGGUCGAAGAGGCCCUCCAGGUAUAAAGGGUGAGCAAGGAGAUCUGGGUGAAACAGGUUACCCAGGAAACUCCGGUCUUCCAGGCCCACAGGCUAGUCUGGGGGCCCCAGGUUCACCUGGCUCUGUUGGGAAGUUAGGUGCAAGGGGAGCAAAGGGUGAACCUGGUGACCCCGGAGAGAAGGGCCCAGUGGGACCAGCUGGACAGAGAGGCAUGCCUGGCAUGGAUGGCAGAGAUGCCUAUGGUCCUGAAGGAAGCAAAGGAGCAAAGGGAGAAUCUGGAUUCAUAGGAUAUCCUGGUCCAGAGGGUAAUGCUGGCACACCAGGUUCCCUGGGAGAUCCAGGGGAACAAGGGCCAUCAGGACCUAUGGGUGCCAAGGGACCAAUGGGCACCAUUUUAAUGGAGGCUUGUGAACUUGUGAAUUUUACACGAAAAAGCUGCCACACAUGCCCAGUUUAUCCAACUGAACUGGUGUUUGCCUUUGACAUGUCUGACGAUGUGACACCAGCCGCAUUCGAAAGAAUGAGGAACAUUGUUACCUUUUUGCUGAAGACCAUUAAGAUCAGUGAAAGCAAUUGCCCAACUGGCGCCCGCGUCUCCGUUGUUUCCUUCAAUACCAAUACGCGCUAUCUCAUCCGAUUCUCAGAAUUCCAAAAGAGCAACCUCCUGCUACAAGCAGUCCAGAGAAUACCACUAGAGAGAUCCACUGGAAGACGUAAUAUUGGGGCCGCCAUGAGAUUUGUUGCAAGAAACGUCUUCAAGCGUGUUCGUCAGGGCAUCCUCACAAGAAAAGUUGCCCUGUUUUUUGCCAACGGCCCAUCACAGAAUGAUGUUGCCAUCAGCACAGCUGUACUUGAGUUGAGUGCCUUGGAUAUCACUCCAGUGGUUAUCGCCUUCAGUGAAGUGCCAAAUGUCAGACGUGCCUUCUCCAUUGAUGAUACUAGAAGCUUUCAAUUAUUUGUAUGGGAAAGACAACAGGAUGAAAGUUUGGAGAAUGUCACAUAUUGUACACUUUGCUUUGAUAAAUGCAAACCAAGUGCCAACUGCGAAGUGCCCUUUUCUCCCCCUGUUCUGAUGGACAUGGAUAUCACUUACAUCAUGGACAGCUCCCGCAGCAUCAGCGGUGAAGAGUUUCAGAGAGCCAAAGAUUUUGUGAGCAACAUGCUAGAUCAGUUUGUUGUUUCCUCAUUGCCAAACGAAUCGUAUGGAGGCAUCAGGGUGGCACUGGUGCAGCAGGCUCCCAGAGGCUUCCUGCCUGACAGAAACCAGACCCCUGUGGCCUUGGAGUUUGAUCUAGUCACAUACAGCAAUAAAGAUCUGAUGAAGAAGCAUAUCCAAGAGUCUGUCCACCAACUGGAAGGGCCAUCAGCCAUCGCUUCUGCCCUACAGUGGACGGUUGAAAAUGUAUUCUUUAAAGCCCCCAGACAAAGAAAACACAGGGUCAUAUUUACAGUAGUUGGAAGCAAAACAAGUACGUGGGACAGAGAGAAGCUGAGAGAGAUUUCACUUGGAGCCAAGUGCCAAGGAUUCACCUUGUUCACUCUUGCGCUUGGCAAUGAUGUGAGUGACAAUCAGCUGAUGGAGCUGUCGAGCUCCCCCACAGACCAGCACUUACUGACACUGGGCAGGGUUUCUGCGUCGGAGAUGGUGUAUGCCCAGAGGUUUAGCCGGGCAUUUCUAAAUCUUCUACAGCAAGAAAUAAACAGUUACCCUUCACCUGAACUUCAAGAAGAGUGUGAAAAGUUAGAUCGGGGAGACACACAACAGCAAGUGUCUAUGACUGAAAGGUUUGGAAUUGCCUAUGAAAGUUUUCGGAUGUGUUUCUCUGAACAUAAGAUUUCUCCCUUUGGAUUAGUUGUUACAUUCAAAAUAGCUUUAGCAGAAACAGGAUCAGGAUAA